AUGAGCGAGUCUUGGGGCGACACCAUCGCGGACGUGCUGCUGUCCCUCAAGGACGCCGUGGUACACCCGAACUCGCCGGCGGGGGGCGUCGGGGCCUACGGGGCCGGGCCGGCCGAAGCCCCGCCGCCGCCACCGCCGCCACACAUGUUCCCCACCUCGAUGAGCGUCAACCUGUCCAUGAACAUGACCAUGGGUGUGACCAGCUGGGAGCCCAGUUACGCGACGCAUUGGGCGCCCCCGCCCUACCACCACCACCACCCGAGCACGGGCUACGCGAAGGACGUGGCCGCACCCCCGCCCCUGCCGCCGCCCGCGCCGCACCAGGUCGCUGCGGGCCAGGUCGCCGGUGGCGUCGUGGCUCAGGGCGGCAUCGCUGGCGUGCCGGGCGCGGCGCGCGGCUCCGACGGUCGGGUCAACCUGUGCGGCAUCUGCGGCAAGGCGUACGCUCGGCCGAGCACGCUCAAGAUGCACCUGCGCACACACUCGGGCGGCCAACCUGACGGCCCACCUGCGCACGCACUCCGGCGAGAAGCCGUUCCGCUGCCCGGUGUGCGAGCGCCGCUUCUCGCAGAGCUCGUCGGUGACGACCCACAUGCGCACCCACUCGGGCGAGCGGCCCUACCGCUGCUUCCUCUGCAAGAAGGCCUUCUCGGACAGCUCUACGCUGACCAAUCGGGCAACCUGAACCGGCACAUGCGCGUGCACGCCAACGUCUCCUGA